CUGUUAGUGCUUCACUUUUACACAAGGACGUUUUCGGAUUUAAUGAGUUUGAAUGACAAAAAUCCCACGCACGAACAGCUUUGACUUUUGUGUCGUGUGCACACGGAAUUGGAGCUUUACUUCUAGUACCGUUGCUUCUUUUUUUUCUUUUCGUUAACACAAUUGUUGGCUGUUUAUGCGGCUAAUGCUAACCGAUGUUUCGGGUUAAGUGGUUUCCUUCUUAACUGGUGACCAGCUCCUUUAAGCAGAUUUUGGAAAGAGACUCUUAAAAAGUACGACACAGAAACUUUAUUGUUAAUGUUCGCGUUCGCCAGGAUAGGCAGAGAUUUCUGUUCGGUGUUUAAUAUCUGCUGUUAUUAGCAGCAACAGAAGACGCUUAAGGAGGUCGGUUACCAGUUAGCAGGGGAACCACUUAAUCCGAAACCCCGGCUGCUGUCAGAUGGUCCAUGUGGUUCAAACAUGAUUCGGUAAACGGAGAUAGUGUGACAUUGACAGAAAAAUGAGGACUUUAUUCAGGUUAAAGACACAGCAGCUGAUCAGCAGAACCUUUAUUCAUCCAGUCAGCCUGCCAGCACCAGGAGGAUGGCGAGCGGCUCCAUCCAGGCUCUGCAGCUCGCCCCCCAACGAGGACCGACCCCGGCCCUCCAUGCUCCGCCACCUCACCUCCAAGAUCAAAGCCACGGGUCCGAUCCCGGUGGCCGAGUACAUGAGGGAGGUCCUCACCAACCCCGUGACGGGUUAUUAUGUGAGGAACAACAUGCUGGGACCUGACGGAGAUUUCAUCACGUCGCCAGAAAUCAGCCAGAUAUUCGGAGAGCUGAUCGGCGUGUGGAUCAUCAGUGAGUGGAUGGCGUCCGGUCGGCCCCGGCGGCUGCAGCUGGUGGAGCUCGGCCCGGGACGAGGCUCGCUGGCCGCCGACGUCCUCAGAGUGUUCGGCCAGCUGCGCUCGGUGUUGGCCGAGGCCUCGGUGUCGCUCCACCUGGUGGAGGUCAGUCCGGCUCUCAGCCUCGUCCAGGCCGGCAGUCUGACCGCAGACGGCGGCCGGGCGGCCAACGGCGAGGACGAGGCGGCGUACCGCCGCGGGGAGACGGCGGCCGGGCUACCCGUGUCCUGGUACCGCCGCCUGGAGGACGUCCCGGCAGGAUUCAGCAUCUUCGUGGCUCACGAGUUUUUUGACGCUCUGCCGAUCCACAAAUUCCAGCGGACGGAGCGCGGCUGGAGGGAGGUGCUGGUGGACAUCGACCCGGAGAAGCCCGACGCGCUGCGGUUCGUCGUGGCGCCGGCGCCGACGCUGGCCUCCGCCACGCUGCCGCAGGUCGGUGAGAGGCGGCCUCACGUGGAGGUGUGCGCGGAGGGCGGCGUCCUCGUCCAGCAGCUGGCCCGGAGGAUCGCGGAGGACGGCGGCGCGGCGCUGAUCGCCGACUACGGCCACGACGGCACCAAGACCGACACGUUCAGGGGGUUCAAAGGUCACCGGCUGCACCACGUGCUGGACUCGCCCGGCUCGGCCGACCUCACCGCCGACGUGGACUUCAGCUACCUGCGGCGGAUGGCCGGAGGGGGCGUGGCCUGCGUGGGGCCCGUCACGCAGCGGUCCUUCCUGAAGAACAUGGGCAUCGACGCCCGGAUGCAGGCGCUGCUGAGGAGCUGCGGCGACCCGGCCGUCAGGAAGCAGCUGCUCGCCAGCUACGACCUCCUCACUAGCCCCGCCCACAUGGGCGAGCGCUUCCACUUCUUCGGCCUGCUGCACCCCAGCCGGCUCCAAGCCCCGCCCACGCCGCAGGGCCUCAAGCUGGAGAGGAGGAGGAGCCCGGCGCCGCUGCCCGUGGCCGGGUUCGCCGAGCUCAGCUACACCUGAACGCCUCGCGGCCGGCGGUGCCUUCAGGCGCCGCAGGAAAUAAAGACGUCGGACACGUUGCCUGUUUUCAUGAAUAAACAUUCGGCGCCUGUAGAUCAUCGUUCUCUGAAAACUUCCCACCCGGAGCAGCAGCAGGGCCGCCGUGCUGAAACCCGACACCCAGGGGGGAGGUCAGAGGUCACGGAGCGGCGGCGGCAGCGGAUCCUCUUCCCAGAACAUCUUGAAGCGGUUAUCCGGUUUCAGACGGCGGCGGCGGCGGCGAUCGGGUUCAGGAGCCGUAAUGAAGCGAUGGUUUCCAAACAUCCUGCUGUCCGCCGCUCCUCUGAGGCCCGGCGGGCUUCUCUCCUCCGGGAGACUCUACGACCUCACAAAACCUCACCGGGAAGUGGGAAUGAUCCGACUGAGGACGCUUCGCUGCUGUAAACUGGGAAUUUCCCAGUUAGGAGGUGGAGCGUUACCGACUUGUCAGUAUUUGUAAAUCUACAUAAAGAGUGUUUAUUGAUGGCAAUAUUUAAUGCACCAAAUACUGUUUCUGAAGUGUUUGUUCUCUUUUAAUCCCAAUAAAAUGUCUUCACAUAGGUCUUCACAGUUUCACUGUUC